AGGCUAUCAGGCUCUGUCCGGAGGAAGCGGGGCGGCCAUCUUGGAUGGUGUAGGAUCGGCACGGAGGGGGGGCACAGCGAACUGGCGGCAGACAAGGCACCUCAAACCCCCCCAAAUGCUACACGGAGCGCCUCCGUCUCGCCGGUUCCGAUCUGUGGCGGCGGUGGUGGGUCCCUGGGGCCCCGAGGAGCUGUGCGGCUGCGAGCCUCGCCCCAGUGACAUUACAUCGGGGCCUGUGUGACUGGCUGCCCGCCCGGGGGGUCCGUGUGACUGGCUGCUCGGGGAGACCCCCUCCCUCUCUCUCUCUCUCCCUCCCUGGGUUACAUGUGUGCAGUGUCCCUGCAUGGCAGUGAUGGAGACCGUUAUAUAAGGAGCCCCUGGCUGGAUUACCUGCCCUCACCCCCUCUAUAUAAUAAUAAUAAUAAUAAUAAUGCCCCCUCAGGACCCCUGUGUGUGUCUGCUGCCCUGAAGGACUGGAGUACAACCUUGCACAUCCACCAUCCCAAGCUGGGGGUCAUCUGACUGACUAUUACCACUACCAAUACCACAGAGCCCCCAUCUUCCUGUAUCACUACUACUACAACAACAACAAACAAAUAGUGCUCAAAGGGAACAAACACCAUGUCCACCCGCACCCCACUGCCCACAGUGAAUGAAAGAGACACUGAGAACCAUACAUCUCAUGGAGAUGGACGACAAGAUGUUCCUGCUCGUUCUGCUCGUUCUGGAGCACGUUGCAGGAAUUCCAUAGCUUCCUGCGCUGAUGAACAGCCGCACAUUGGGAACUACAGACUUCUUAAAACCAUAGGCAAAGGAAACUUUGCGAAAGUAAAACUUGCAAGGCACAUCCUAACCGGACGAGAGGUGGCGAUAAAAAUAAUAGAUAAAACACAGUUAAAUCCAACUAGUCUGCAGAAGCUUUUCAGGGAAGUAAGAAUAAUGAAGAUAUUAAAUCAUCCAAAUAUAGUUAAAUUAUUUGAAGUAAUUGAAACAGAAAAAACGCUGUACUUGAUAAUGGAGUAUGCAAGUGGAGGUGAAGUAUUUGACUAUUUGGUUGCACAUGGAAGAAUGAAGGAAAAGGAAGCAAGAGCUAAAUUCCGGCAGAUAGUAUCUGCCGUGCAGUAUUGUCAUCAAAAGCAUAUUGUACAUCGAGAUCUUAAGGCAGAAAAUCUUCUACUGGAUGCUGAUAUGAAUAUUAAAAUAGCAGACUUUGGCUUUAGCAAUGAGUUUACUGUUGGCAACAAACUGGAUACAUUUUGUGGAAGUCCACCAUAUGCUGCUCCGGAGCUCUUUCAAGGGAAGAAGUAUGAUGGACCGGAGGUAGACGUGUGGAGCUUGGGCGUUAUUCUGUACACUCUAGUCAGCGGAUCCCUACCUUUUGAUGGACAAAACUUAAAGGAACUAAGGGAACGAGUACUAAGGGGGAAAUACCGGAUUCCAUUCUACAUGUCUACAGACUGUGAAAAUCUUCUCAAGCGUUUCCUGGUGCUAAAUCCAACUAAACGGGGCACUCUAGAGCAAAUUAUGAAGGACAGAUGGAUAAAUGCAGGCCAUGAAGAGGAUGAACUUAAACCGUUUGUUGAGCCAGAACUUGAUAUUGCAGACCAGAAAAGAAUAGAGAUAAUGAUUGGAAUGGGAUAUUCUAGGGAAGAGAUUCAAGAAUCUCUUAGCAAGAUGAAAUAUGAUGAAAUCACAGCUACCUAUUUGUUGCUUGGAAGGAAAUCGUCUGAGCUGGAUGCCAGUGAUUCAAGCUCUAGUAGUAAUUUGUCCCUUGCGAAAGUCAGACCAAGCAGUGAUCUCAACAACAGCACUGGACAAUCUCCUCAUCACAAGGUGCAACGGAGCAUCUCCUCCAAUCAGAAACAGAGACGGUACAGUGACCAUGCUGGUCCAGCUAUUCCAGGAACUACUUACCCAAAACGGAGUCAAACUAGUACAACAGAUAAUGAUCUGAAAGAAGAAGGUGUUCAGUCCCGAAAGUCCAGUAGCAGUGCAGUUGCUGGGAGAGGUGUGACACCCCCUAGCCCUAUGCUCGGAAAUGCCAACAAUCCCAAUAAAGCAGACAUCCCAGAACGCAAGAAGAGUUCUGUUGUCACGACUAGCAAUUCUACAUCCAGUGGAAUGACCCGUCGAAACACCUAUGUUUGCAGCGAGCGAGCUCCAACAGACCGGCAUUCAGUUAUUCAAAAUGGCAAAGAGAACAGCACAAUCCCUGAACAAAGGACCUCGGUUUCAUCAACUCACAGUAUAACCAGUACCACUACUCCGGAUCGCAUGCGGUUCCCACGAGGAACACCCAGCCGAAGAACUUUCCAUGGCCAAGUUCGAGAGCGACGUACUGCUACUUACAAUGGACCCCCUGCUUCGCCCAGUUUAUCUCAUGAGGCCACUCCUCUGUCACAGACUCGAAGUAGAGGCUCCUCUAACCUUUUUAGUAAAUUAACUUCAAAAUUAACGAGGAGAAACAUGUCAUUCAGAUUUAUAAAAAGGCUCCCAAAUGAAUCUGAAAGAAACGGGAGAUAUGAGGGCUCAAGUCGUAAUGUGUCAGGGGACUCGAAAGAUGAAAACAAGGAAUCCAAGCCGCGAUCCCUUCGUUUUACUUGGAGCAUGAAAACCACAAGUUCCAUGGAUCCCAAUGACAUGAUGCGCGAAAUCCGUAAAGUUCUGGACGCCAACAAUUGUGACUAUGAACAGCGAGAGCGGUUCUUACUUUUCUGCGUUCACGGUGAUGGGCACGCAGAAAACCUUGUUCAAUGGGAGAUGGAGGUGUGCAAACUGCCAAGACUCUCUCUAAACGGUGUUCGCUUUAAGAGGAUAUCUGGAACAUCCAUAGCUUUUAAAAACAUUGCUUCCAAAAUUGCCAAUGAGUUAAAGUUGUAAAGUAGAAGGGGAAAAAAAAAAAAAGUUGUAAAUUACGUAGCAAUUGAAAGUGUUUUCCGAGAACACUGGUUUAAUGUAUAGAAUUAUUUAGGCAAUAAUUACUGCAUCUCCUGAUUUAUAUUACAAAUGAAACUGAACAAGCUGCUGGGAACGGAGGAGAGUUGGACAUUUUUUUUUUUUCCUUUUUUUAUAUCUAUAUAUAAGUGCACUACAACAUUAAAGUUGCCUACCAUGUAAAUUAUUUACUCUUGCUUUUUCUGUUCAUAACAAUGUUAUUCACAUAAUAUAUGUCCUUAUUGAUAUACAUCUUGUAUGUGUGCGCAAGUAUGGAUGUCUGAGUUGAUCACAAAGUAUUAUAUUAAAACGUGGCUGUUUCAAGACCUCAUGUAAGUUCUGACCUCCACCCUCCCCUUUUUGUUUUGUUUUGUUUUCUUCAUACCUGCUUUCCGAAUUUUUUAAUUAAAAUCAAACCAGGUUUUUUUUUUUUUGUUCCUUGAUUAAUUUUUGGCGUUUAUAUGUUCAUUUCAAGCCUACUGUUCCCGCCAAGUAUUUUGGUAAAACUAUCGAAUGGCAAAAAUGUAUGAAAUGUAAUAUGAUUUGACCUGACCAGCAAUUAAAUUAUGACCCUGCUUAAGAAAAAUAACGAAAAUACAAUAUACGUCUCAUUAUUUUAUUGGCCUGCAUGCAUCUCUGUUUUAAACAUGUUCACUCAAUCUUGGUCUUGGUAAGAAAAUACAAUUUUCAACCAA